CUCCGCACAUCAGCAGCAGCAGCAGCAGCCAAAUCCUUCCUUUCCUUCCCUCCCUCCCUCACGAGGACUCGGCCAGCCAGAGGCUGCACGCCCCCCACCCCCCACCCAAACCGCCGCCAGGGACCGACCUCAGUCAGCCGCUCACUCCUCUCCGACAGAGCGACCAUCCGUAUUUGCCCGUCUCCCCUCAUGGAUGUCCCACCUCGUAACGACCUUAGACGACGGAUGGCGGCGGUGUAGAUGUGUCUGGCGGCACACGCCUUUACGUUAAGCUUCUUCUGUUUUUUUUUUUUUUUUUUUGUUAGUUUGUUUUCCCCACGCGCUAACCGGUUGGUGUUCGCCCGCAGAGAGGAGGAGCAGCAGCAGCAGCGCUUGUCCUGCGCUAAGCCCGAGAAGCUAACUGAGCUAGCGAGCUAACUUUAGCCCCAACACUUGGUACCUGGUCGGGGGAGUUUUGUGGUUUCCAAGCUAACCUGCGGCGGACUUGGGCUGCCCCGUCACUCUUUUAAAUUAAGGACUAUGUUGGAGUGACGAGCAAAGGUGGAAGUGGCAUCUCUGACGCUCUGCCUUCUCUGCUGGUGGAGCCUCCUGUACAUCUGACCAGAGACCCCUGGACAGGUGACGUUUCCAGGAUGCGGAGGUUCGCCUACUGCAAAGUGGUCCUGGCCACCUCUCUGGUGUGGGUGAUGCUGGACAUGUUCAUCCUGCUCUACUUUAGCGAGUGCAACAAGUGUGACGACAAGAAGGAGAGAGGACUGCCUGGUAGAGAUGACCACCUUGCGAGACCGCGGGACGGGCCUGGGGAGGGGGGGAAGCCUGUGGUGAUCCCGAAGGAGAACCAGGAGAAGAUGAAGGAGAUGUUCAAGAUCAACCAGUUCAACCUCAUGGCCUCUGAGAUGAUUGCACUCAAUCGUUCAUUACCCGACGUCCGACUCGAAGGGUGCAAGAACAAGCUAUACCCUGACAAUCUGCCCAGAACCAGCGUGGUGAUUGUAUUUCACAACGAGGCGUGGAGCACGCUGCUGCGGACGGUCCACUCCGUCAUCGACCGCUCUCCCCUCACACUCCUGGAGGAGAUUGUCCUGGUGGACGAUGCCAGUGAACGAGACUUUCUAAAGCGACUGUUAGAGCAAUAUGUCCGACGGCUGGAGGUUCCUGUGCGGGUGGUGAGGAUGGAUCAGAGGUCCGGACUCAUUCGAGCUCGCCUCAAGGGAGCCUCCAUCUCUACGGGCCAGGUCAUAACCUUUCUGGAUGCUCACUGUGAAUGCACGACAGGCUGGCUGGAGCCGCUGCUCGCUCGCAUCAAACACGACAAGAAAACGGUGGUGUGUCCCAUCAUCGACGUGAUCAGCGACGACACCUUCGAGUACAUGGCGGGUUCAGACAUGACGUACGGAGGCUUCAACUGGAAGCUCAACUUCCGAUGGUACCCGGUGCCCCAGAGAGAAAUGGACCGCCGCAAAGGAGACCGCACACUUCCUGUCAGGACUCCCACCAUGGCAGGAGGCUUGUUCUCUAUCGACAGAGAUUAUUUCCAGGAGAUCGGCACAUAUGACGCAGGCAUGGACAUCUGGGGCGGAGAGAACUUGGAAAUCUCUUUCAGAAUCUGGCAGUGCGGCGGAACCCUGGAGAUCGUCACGUGCUCGCACGUGGGUCACGUGUUCAGAAAGGCGACGCCCUACACGUUUCCCGGAGGAACGGGACAGAUCAUCAACAAAAACAACAGACGCUUGGCGGAAGUGUGGAUGGACGAAUUUAAAAACUUCUUCUACAUCAUCUCCCCUGGUGUGACCAAAGUGGACUAUGGUGACAUCACGUCUCGGACAGUUCUCAGACAGAAGCUUCAAUGUAAACCUUUCAGUUGGUACUUGGAAAACGUCUAUCCUGACUCCCAGAUUCCCCGCCACUAUUACUCCCUCGGAGAGAUCCGGAAUGUGGAGACCAACCAGUGUUUGGACAACAUGGCCCGCAAAGAGAACGAGAAGGUCGGCAUUUUCAACUGCCACGGCAUGGGCGGCAACCAGGUGUUCUCCUACACGGCCAAUAAGGAGAUCAGAACAGACGACUUGUGUCUGGACGUGUCCAAAUUAAACGGGCCCGUCAUGAUGCUCAAGUGUCACCACCUGAAGGGCAACCAGCUGUGGGACUACGACCCUGUGAAGCUGAGCCUGGUGCACGUCAACAGCAACCAGUGCUUGGACAAGGCCAGCGAGGAGGACAGUCAGGUGCCCAGCGUCAAAGACUGCACGCACUCGCGCUCGCAACAGUGGCUCCUCCGCAACGUCACGCUACCGGAGGUCUUCUGAUGGCGUACGGCGCACGCGCACUCCCACGGGGCCGAAUGUUUGUCUUUAAAAAAAAAAAAAACCAACAACAACUUAACAGAAUGAUACAAGCGCUCCGUGUGGAUGUGAGAGCAGGACACCUGGGACGGUACGACCUCGAGGAGCAGUGUUGCAUCCUCAGGAGGAAGACGGAGGAAAAGACUCCCCGCCAGGAGGCGCUGGAUGGCCGCAGAAAGACAUUGAUGCCCACCUGUCACGUCAUCAUGUAACGUUUACUGACUGCCUCUUGUUACGGAGUGUGUGCACUUAAAUUGUGUGCGUGCGCGUGUGUGUGUGUGUGUGUGUGUGUGAGACUUGAAUGUUUUUUUUUUUUUUUUUUUUUUUUUUUUUUUUUUUAAUUUAAUUCUGUCAUGAGUGGUGAACACGAACUCCUAUGAAGAAGGUUGUUCGCCAUUGUGUGCCUCCUUACAGUGUGUGUCUCCCUCUAGUGUCGUCUCCUCGUCUGUACACCCUGCAGGAUCCCGAAGUGUCCCCAAAGGACUGUGCACAUUUUGGGGUUGGAAGGGGCAGGGAAGAGGGGGGGUCCAAAUGUGAUCGUAAGAAGACAAAUAAUUGUGAUGUGAUAUACUUUUUCUAUGUCCCGUUUUUACAUGUUUGUCUCUCGUCCAUAGAAUCUAGCACACUGCUCACUGCCUAGUUACUCACACACGUCCAGUCUGACCCUUGGGUCCAUUGGGUCCUCACUAGGGCCCGACCGAUUGGCCGAUAUAGCCCUUUAUUUUUGCCGAUUAUUAUUAUUAUUAUUAUUAUUAUUAUAUACAUAUAUUUUAAACACGAAGCAGAAGGCAAAAAUAAUGACAUUCAAACAAACAAAACAAUUUUCUCUCUUGUAAAGUUAAACUAAUACUAAAGGACAAAAUAUUGUAAAACAGUCAGAUGUUCUGCCUCUAAUUCAUAUCUUUACUGUGGGUGUUAAUGGAGUAAAAACAAGUUAUUCAUUAUAUAUUUUUUUAUGAUUAUUCGGCUGAUGAAUUAUUGCAAUUUUACUCAGCCAAACAUCGGAAUCUGUAUUGGCGUAAAAAACAAAUAUAUCGGUUGGGCCCUAGUCCUUACAUUAAAGCAGGGUUUCCCCAAAUGUGUUCACAUGGACAUCAAACCAUUUACUAUAGCACUUGUAUUCAUUAGGGUCACGGGCGAAAGGGCGGCGUACACCCUGGACUGGUCGCCAGCCAAUCACAAGGCACAUAAAGACAAGCAACCCGUUCAUCCGUUUUCCGUAGCGCAUGUCUGUCCUCGUUAUGGUCGCAGGUGAGGUGAGCUGGAGCCUAUUUCGGCUGACUUUGGGCGAGGGGCUACCCGACAUCUGAACCUCUCGACAGUGAGGCAAAUGUGCUAAACACAAGUUACUAAAAUAGACACACCGUCAUUGCCAUCGAUGUGCUGUACUAAGGAUACACUGAACACCGCAUACAACUUUUGCUUCACUCCGACAAUCGGUGACCUGAUUAAUGGAAAAAAACAAAAAUGGGGCUCAGUUUGGGAACCCUGCUUUAAAGCAACACUCCAGUGUGGAGUGUGUCAAUGAGCUUACGGCCAUCUUAGGCUACUGACCAAAUUUUGCUUCCAGUUGUUUGUUUGUGAAACAAUUCUUCACACCGCCUGUUGGAGGGUGCCGCUGAGUCGUUCGGGCACAAAAGAGUUGAGAGGAAGACAUUUUGCAUAUCGCACCUUGUCAUAUUUUACUCUGCUUUUACGUCAUAUCUCACAGUUAAGUUGGGCACUAACAUCCAUCGUGUUUUUUUUUUGUUUGUUACAUAUCACUGCGAGUCUGUGAUGUCAUUAAGUUUUCCACGUUCGGUUCGGAAUAAUUCACUCAUUCUCUGCUCCCUAAUCACGUUUAUAGGGACUAUAGGUAACUGAAAAAUGUAAUAGUUCACUAAAAGCGUCCGCUAAAAAUGAACCAGUGUGAUAUGGCUGCAUUGCCACUUCAGGACCUUUAGUCCACGAAAAAUAUCUACACGACCACUACUUAUUUAGGGAUUAUUAUAUAGUGGAUUAUAUCGUUGAAAAACUGGAAUAGGCAAUGAAUGAAUGAUUUUGAACACACUCAUUGUGUUCAGAAUCAUUAAUGCAUUCCUAAUUACCUAAUAAUUCGAUAUUGGGUUUUUAUAUUGUGGACUUAAAAUUGACCAGUAUGAUGUUCUGGGGCUGCUUUGCUACUCCAGGACCUUUAGCCCACUAAAAAUCCCUACACAACGACUAUGUUUGGAAUCGUUUUUAGUGAACUAGGUACUCUACGAUUUGGGAGUGGGAAAUGAGUGACUGAUUCCCAAGACAGCAGCAAAGGUGUUUACACACAUCGAAAGCAUCAUUUAGCGUCGGUUCAAGGGAGCGACUGUGACGUGGCUUGAGAGGACAUUUUGUCGUGCUGUUUGGAUUGUACUGAAAUGUGCUGACACGUGUGGCUUUUUCCACAGUGAACGCAUCCAAAUGUAGAAAAUAAAAGUGAAGGCAUUUACAUGACCUGUCAAGGACAACCAUCACCUAUGUGAUUUUAUUUUUCCUCAGCCUUGAUUUGACAGUGCUGAAUUUAUUCCAGCCAUGCAUUUUAAGGUUACUUGAAAGUGCCUGACAGACAUAAAAAGCUAUUUUAAAUGUACUUACCAGCAGACACUAAAUGUCUAAUACAGUAGGAGUCAUUUCUAACUGAAAAAUAAUUUGAUGUGCUCUUCUGUGAUGGGGGCAUGACACUUUACCAUCUUUUACUAUUUUUACGGUCCCGCAAAGGAUUUCCAACUUAUGAUUAAAUUAUUCAUCAGCAAGAAAUUCCAGAGUACAAUGUUUCCCAUACACGUUAAAUAUUGUAUGAUUAUUCUGUUUUGUGUGCUGCUCCUGCAUACUGAAUAAUCCAUUUAGCUGUUUUUUUUUAAUCCAUUUUUUUGCGUCAAACAUUUCACAGCAUUCCAGUGAAGCGUGCGCCUCGAAUAGGGACCAUGAAAUCAACAUGGGGCUUUAUCAGUCAUUUACUGCAUACAAGCGUGGAGCGAACCUCACGUGGCAAAAGUUGUAACAUUUAAAUGAACCAUGCUUACAGCCAUCCUGACAGCUAAGUGUAAGAAGAACGCAGAAUGCAUUGUGUAUAAUUAUCCAUUUUCUUUUUAAAUUUAGUUUUAGUAAAAAAUCAAACAACUAAUUGUAGUUCAUCAAUACACACUAAGUCAUUGUGCUGCUAGGUCAUUUCACUAAUGUAAUAAAAAGUGAAUAAUUCUACUAUAUAAUGCAUGAACUACAUAUUUUUCAUCUAUUUUUUUUAACCAGCAAAAAAAGUAUAUCUACUUAAUGAUUACAGGGACACAUUUACUUCAAACUUUUAUUCGGCAGUGCAUAUCCAGUCUUUUGAGGAAAACGGUAAUAAAAAGAAAACUCAUUUGGUAAGCACAGAUAUUGUUUAUGCACACUCCAAAAAAAACCAAAAUUGUUCCAACAAACCAAAUGUACUAUACCAUCCAUCUAUUACAAAUACAAACUUGGCGAUAAGCACUGUAGUACUCUUAAAGUGCUAGUGUAGUGAAAAUAAAUAAUAAGCAAGCACAAACAUCCAAUCAAUAUCUAAUGAAAGCUGUCUUGACUGCAAUUACAGAAUGAUGUUAUGGUUAACAGAAAAACAAAUGGAACUAAACCGUGAGUGAGACCAUAAAGAUAUGUCUUUUCGCUAUUCAUUUCUGCAGAUUAAAAAAAAAGAGCUAGCCCACUCCACUUCAGUGCCUUAUCAGAUAAACCAUGUCACCAUUUAUCGAGUUAUAUGCUGGGCUAAAAUGGGAUUUUCAAACACUUCACUUGGGAUUACAUUUCAUAAUUCUAUUCUUCUUUAUAAACAACACAAAUGUGAAAACGUGGUCAUGGAGAGCAGGCAGGUGUGCAUUGUUAUUAAAGCAAACAUUUUGUGCAAACUCAGUGCUACUUUUAUGGCCACAUGGGUAGGGUUGCAAAAUACAUGACAUUUUCAAUGUUGGGAAUAAACUGGAAAUUUCAAAAUGUUCAGGUUGGUUUAUUAUAAUAUAUGUUAAAGUCAAAUAGUUAAAAUAAAUCAGCCAAGAACUUUUAAAAAGUACAUACUUUGCAUGCAUGUUUGCUCAUAUGAUUAAUGCAUUUUUGUAGGGUUUUUAAUCCCCCCCCCCAAAAAACAUUUUUCUGGAGCCCUGCUGUGGGGGGGGGGGGGGGCUCCCCCUAAAAAUAUUUAGAAUUGCCUAUAGAUGCCACAAUCAAUCAAUCACCUUUCUACUAAACAUGGCUUCGCCUAAUAGAAGUUCCAACCAUCAUGUCAACAUAGUUCUUCGGCACCAAGAUACCUCAAGAUGAUCAUCUUUGGGUGUCGGCUAGCUCAACACCAAAAUGCUGAGUUUUUCAGCAAAGGAUAGGUUGAGAAUUUUAAAAAGUGCAAAUAAGAACACUGCACAUGCAUGUAGUCCAAAAUAAAGCAUGCAUCUCCAAACUUUUUUUUUAUGUCAAACACAAAAAGUAUUUUGUUGUUCAUGGGGGGAGGAUAACGGCAAAAAGCUUUCAAAAUAUGUUGAUUUUUAAAUGAGAAUGACUCAAAUUUCAAGUUAAUUGUCAUGGAAAGUAUCCAACUUGUCCAACUGAUUAUUUCCAAUAUUGUGUAUAAUUCUAAAACAUAACGAAAUGUUGUGGUCCUUUGCAACCUUACACGAGUGACCAUGAGAAAUCUUUGGAAGCAAGUUGUUGUACAAUGUGACUGGAGACGACGUGAGUCUUAAUGUGAGGAGAGGUACCGACGUGGAAAUGUUUCGACAAUCAUCUCACGCUGUAGAAGUACCAUAAAAACAAUUUUGGCAAGCGUGUUACGUAUCAUCUUUUUGAUUGACGGCCGCAGGCACCGUUUUGUUCAGAGCGAUGGUGCAGCAAAGCAUUGUGGGUGAGCGACCGUGAACCCCCCUUCCUUGCGACGCCAUCUCGCCGGACCCGCGUAGCGGAGCCGCACGGGGAGAAGGAGCAGUCGAGUCUUUCCGCCAGCCCGCCGUCACUCACUGCUCUUUUUCAGGACGGAUGGCGUCGACUCUGACAAAGGCCUGGGGGGGGGGGGGAGAAUCUACAUAAAAAGAGUGUGAUAGACGUUUUUUUUUUCUCUCUUCUAUUAAGAGUGCCAGUUGCUGUGGCGAUGGCGACCUGUUGCCGGGCUGGGGGCAGCCCGCCUGGAUGGGCGUGGGGGCCGCGGAGUUGGGGCUCAUCAGCAUGGCGCUGUAGAUGUUGGCCGCCACCACCAAGAUGCACAGCAGGAUGGGACCAAUAAUGGCGCCCUCCAGACCCAGAUAGUAGGCGCCGCCCGCCACUGCCAAGCCUGUCAGGUAGGGGUGACCCCCCCUGAGAACACACGCACACAGUGUCAACAUAAACUGUAACUCUAAGGAAAAUUCUCAUUUGUGUAUUUCCUCACAUAGUGGUGAGGGUGAUUUAUUUACUCAACUGCAAACAGUAUGAGUCAUUUUUUAGGGGAGAGGCAUUUGCUUUUACAAAUAAGCCUUAACUUGUCAACUCAUUCCGUGACAAAGCUCACAACAACAAAUUUACUUACAUAUUAAAUACAAUUGCAAAAUUUAAAUGAAUUAAAAUUCCAUUAAUGUGUUCAAACCUCCCACAAACACCAAAAAUGUAAAACAAAAUCAAUAAAAACAUACAGGAAUGAUGAUUAAAAAAAAAAAAAAAAAGUAAACUUUUGCCACAUUUUUACUUCAAUUCAAUGUACAUUGUGCUGGUCCUUCUGGUGUGAGCACCAUGGCCACCUGGGGGCACUAUAACACAGAUAUACGGACGGUGGAAGCAGACUGUGACAGCUUCUCAAUAAGCCACAAUAAUAUUAGUUAUUCUUCGCAGGGGAUAAAAAAUAUAUGCCUGUGAAAUGUAUUGCAAAAAAGAGUAUAUUAGGUAUUUAGGGAUGCCUUUAUUUGUACAAAUCCAUUUCAAUAUUCAAAUUGUUUCACAAUGUUUCCAUUAACACUUUCAUCGGCAUACUGCAUGCAGCACUUUGAAUGUUUUUUUUUAUUUCUUCAAGUAUGUGUUGUGGUAAAGACAUGUAGUUCUCUACAUUCAUAUUAAAGGGAACUACAGCCACCUAAAGGCAGAAUUGCUGUAAAACCGGCGCCAUCUGUAAUUUUUUUAAUUGAAGCACCAGGCAAUUAUAUUUAGGAAACUGCUUCUAAAAAAGCCGAGGCCCCUAUUUGAAGAAAUAUGUGUAUUCAUUUAAUAACUCUCACUGACAACUCGGGCCAGACAGCAAAUAACACAAAUCUGUGGAUAAUUGAUGCCCAUUAAAAGCGCAUUGGAUUUUUUUUAUAAUUUAUUUUUAAACUCAAAAUAUUCUUGAAUAAAAUGAUGAUGCCCAGUACACAUUUCCGGGGUUUGUUCCCCCCCAAACCAGGAAGAAAGAAAGAAAAAAAAAAAAAAAAAAGUUGCACUACACACCCCGAGAUGUCCGAGUAGAUAGCCGUGUCCACGAAGUAGGUCGGCAGCAUGUGGCAGACGAGCAGCAGAGCGGCCUUGACACCUUCGCCUUGCGCCAGCCACAGGUCGCACACGGCGGGCACGGCGGCCCAGUACGUGCCCAGGAAGGGCACCGCGCCCAAGAUGGCGGCCAGGGCUUUCGGGGAGAGGGGGGAAGAGAAAGAAGGUUGCAGAGCAAGGGAAGCGAUGACGAGAACGGGCCGCGUCUGGCGCUGGACUCACCUGAAGGAAUGAAGACCACGUUGAUGCCAAAGAUGGUAUAACAGGAAGAUGAGCUAUAAUCAUAAUCAUCAGAUCAUAAUCAUCAUCAUUUCUCGUGGAGUGGCGCGCGUGCUACCUGAUGGCCUCCUCCACAGACUGCCCAAUGAUGUUGGAUGAAGGUCCUGGCUGCGAGAGGGGGGUCAGGCUGAUGACCCACUUGACAGACAGGAGGAGGAGCAGGAAGAGGAGGAGUCUUCCUACCAGGCUGAGGACGAAGUUGAGCAGAGCCGUGCCGCUGUGAAACAAGACGGUGAGCAGCGUGGUGGUCGUGGAGAUGAGGAGGCCAACGUUCCUGCUCAUCACCACCCAGAGAGACUCCAGAAUCUGAGAGAAAACCCCUUCGACCUUAAAACCCACUUCUUUUACAACCAACCCGCAUUCGGUUUCAAAUAUUAAAUAUCACUUACAGA